CUCUCUCUCUCUCUCUCACGCCAAUCCAUGAAAAUGCUUUGGAAACUGACGGAUAAUAUCAAGUAUGAGGAAUGUGAGAUGUUAGUACACAGUUUUUCGGCUAUGGAGCGCCACGACAGUACCAGCAACGGGACAGCCCGGCUACCCCAGUUGGGGACCGUGGGUCAGUCUCCCUACACCAGCGCCCCGCCGCUCUCCCACACCCCCAACGCCGACUUCCAGCCCCCCUACUUCCCCCCCCCUUACCAGCCCAUCUACCCCCAGUCUCAGGACCCCUACUCCCACGUGAACGACCCCUACAGCCUCAACCCCCUCCAUGCCCAGCCGCAGCCCCAGCACCCAGGAUGGCCGGGACAGAGGCAGAGCCAGGAGACGGGGCUACUCCACACGCACCGGGGUUUGCCCCACCAGCUCUCGGGGCUCGACCCACGCAGGGACUACCGGCGGCACGACGACCUGCUGCACGCCCCGCACGGGCUGGGCUCGGGGCUGGCCGACCUGCCCCUCCACUCCAUCCCCCACGCCAUCGAGGACGUGCCGCACGUAGAAGACCCCGGUAUUAACAUCCCAGAUCAAACUGUAAUUAAGAAAGGCCCCGUGUCCCUCUCCAAGUCUAACAACAACGCCGUCUCCUCCAUCCCCAUCAACAAGGACACGCUCUUCGGCGGGGUGGUGAACCCCAACGAGGUCUUCUGCUCGGUGCCGGGCCGCCUCUCGCUGCUCAGCUCCACCUCCAAGUACAAGGUCACGGUGGCGGAAGUGCAGAGACGCCUCUCGCCGCCCGAGUGCCUCAACGCCUCCCUGCUGGGCGGAGUGCUCCGGAGGGCAAAGUCUAAAAACGGAGGGAGAUCUCUGAGGGAGAAACUGGACAAAAUAGGAUUAAACCUGCCAGCCGGGAGGCGUAAAGCUGCUAACGUUACCUUGCUCACGUCGCUCGUGGAGGGAGAAGCAGUACAUCUCGCUAGAGAUUUUGGGUACGUUUGUGAGACAGAAUUUCCUGCCAAAGCAGUAGCUGAAUUUCUCAACCGACAACAUUCCGAUCCAAACGAGCAAGUCACAAGAAAAAACAUGCUUCUAGCUACAAAACAGAUCUGUAAAGAGUUCACCGACCUGCUGGCUCAGGACCGAUCUCCCCUGGGGAACUCGCGGCCCAACCCCAUUUUGGAGCCGGGCAUCCAGAGCUGCCUGACCCACUUCAACCUCAUCUCGCACGGCUUUGGGAGCCCGGCGGUGUGCGCUGCCGUCACCGCCCUGCAGAACUAUCUCACCGAGGCGCUCAAGGCCAUGGACAAAAUGUACCUCAGCAACAAUCCCAACAGCCACACAGACAACAGCACCAAAGGCGGCGACAAAGAGGAGAAGCACCGAAAGUGAGGAUCCCCCCACACCCCCGCCCCGCCCGCCCCACUCCUCUCCCUUCCCCCUCAUAGCCCAUCGAUCCAUUCAUCUCCCUCCUCCCUCUCCCCUGCACCCAGCACCCCAGGCUACAGCAACAGAAUGAGCGUCCUUCUGCCAGUCCUGUUCUCUGACUCUGCAGGACUGCUCUGCCCUCUCCCCACACCCCUUCCCAGCGUCCACAUUUCCAUUUGCUCCCUCUUAACUUCCCCCCCUCUCCCCGCUGCCACCAUCGUUUUACCCCGGUUUGGAGCCUAAGAGAACAGAACAGGGGGACGGAGCCAGCCAAGAAAAAAAGUUCUGUCUUGAGUUUGUGAACUUUUUUUUAAAUAAAACAAAAGGAGGAAAAAAAAAAAACAAAAACAAAACAAAAAAAGAAAAGGACUUUUUUUUCUAAAAAUAUAUUAAAAAAAAUAAAAAAAAAACCAAAAAGAAAUAAACAAUACUUAAAAAAUUCUAUGAGCUUCACCGGACUGAAUCACCACCUUCCCUUACAUAAACUUCAGUUAAGAUUGUAGCCAUAUUAAAAAUGAAAAAAAGCGAAAAAAGUACAGCAGCAACAGCAAACAAAAGGCAAAAAGGACUGAUGACAUUUUAUCAGUAUUGUGAAUAAACUUGAACACAAAACACAAGCAGUUCCAUGUCAUAUCUUCAGUUGUAGAACUUUUUCCUGUCCAAGGUAAAGCGACCAACUUGAACUUUCUAUUGCAACACGAUUCACGGUUAUUAUAUAAGGGAAUCAGUGUUCAUGUAUGUAUAUAUUUAUUUAUGUGUAAUUUAAUGGGAAUUGUAAAUAUGGUGAGUCUGUUUUAAGCCUUUUUUAUUUAUCUGGUGAUCUCGUUUACCUCUUGUUUAGUGGGUUUUAAAACUUCCCCUCUUAGUUCAUCAUGUGGUUCAUGGUACUUAUUUAGAUAUCAGAGGUUUUUUGGGGGUUUUUCUCUGGGAUUCAUCAUUUUUAGCCCUGUUGUAGCAUGUUAAAGGCGACAAUGAAGCAGCUGAACAAAUAAAAAAACAUGAAUUUUUAUAUAUAAUUAGUAUGACAUUUAGUUUCUCAUUGAAGAUAAAAUAAAGUGAUGUUGGACCCUGGCAAGGUUUUUAAACAUGUUAGUGGUUUUACAACCCUUAUGUGUUGUGGAAAAUGAAAGAAGAAGUUAUUUUCGUCCACUGUCCUCCUCCCGAAAGCACCAUCAGAGCAAUAAAUUAAGAUUGUCUUUUAAAACAAG